AUGACUAAUGUAAUGUUGGUGUCUGGUGCGGGCGACAUUAAGCUAACAAAGGAUGGAAACGUACUUCUCCACGAAAUGCAAAUUCAGCAUCCGACGGCGUCAAUGAUCGCCCGCGUUGCGACGGCACAGGAUGACAUCACGGGCGAUGGCACGACCUCCAACGUGCUCAUCAUCGGCGAACUGCUGAAGCAGGCGGACAUGUACGUCAGCGAGGGUCUGCAUCCGCGCGUCAUCACGGAGGGCUUUGAGCUCGCGAAGGUGAAGGCGCUGGAGGUGCUGGACCAGGUGAAGGUGUCGAUGGAGAUGGAUCGAGACACGCUGGAUCAAUGGUCUCGCGCACCCUCGCUGCCCGCGCAGCAAAGCUCAGCAGGAGAUCGGCCAGAGAAGAUGAUAGAGAUCAUAGUCGACGCGGUUUUGGCGAUCAAGCGGGACAAGCAGCCGAUCGACUUGCACAUGGUCGAGAUAAUGGAGAUGCAGCACAAGACGGAGCAGGCCACGCAGCUGGUUCGUGGCUUGGUGAUGGACCACGGCGCGCGUCACCCGGACAUGAAGAAGCGUGUCAGCAACGCCUUCAUCCUCACCUGCAACGUCUCCAUGGAGUACGAGAAGAGUGAGGUGAACGCUGGAUUCUUCUACAAGUCCGCGGAGGAGAGGGAGAAGCUUGUGACGGCCGAGAGGCAGUUCAUCAAGGACCGCGUCGAGAAGGUGAUCGCGCUGAAGAGGAAGAUGUGCGACGGAAACGACAAGGGCUUCGUCGUCAUCAACCAGAAGGGCAUCGAUCCGCUGUCGCUGGGCAUCGAUCCGCUGUCGCUAGACGAUGCCGCACGCGAGGGUAUCGUUCGCGCUCGCCGCGCUAAGCGCCGCCAACAUGGAGCGCAUCCCGCUCUGCGUUGCGGAGCAUCGCGGCCAAACUCCGUCGGGACCAUGACGCGGACAUGUGGAGAGGCCGGCUCUGUCUACGAACACGUGCUGGGAGAGCAGAAGUUCACGUUUAUCGAGGAGUGCAAGCACCCGCAGUCGGUGACCGUACUCAUCAAGGGGCCGAACCAGCACACGAUCACGCAGAUCAAGGAUGCCAUCCACGACGGCCUGAGAGCCGUGAAGAACGCCAUCGAGGACGGCUCGGUGGUUCCCGGUGCAGGAGCGUUCGAGAUCGCCGCGUAUUCCGCACUGGUGGAGUUCAAGAACACGGUGAAGGGUCGCGCGCGGCUCGGCGUGCAGGCGUUUGCCGACGCGCUGCUCGUGAUUCCGAAGGUCCUGGCUCAGAACUCUGGCCUCGACAUUCAGGACACGAUCGUGAAGCUGCAGCAGGAAUACGCAGAGAGCAAGCAGCCCGUCGGAAUCGACCUCGCCACCGGUGACGCGCUCGUUCCAGCCGACCUCGGUAUAUGGGACAACUACCGUGUGAAGAGGCAGCUGCUACACUCCUGUGCGGUCAUAGCCGGCAACCUGUUACUGGUGGACGAGAUAAUGCGAGCGGGCAUGUCGUCGCUGAAGGGAUAGCGUCCGCCGUUGCCACGACGACCGCCGAGCGGCGCCAUCUAGUGCAGCAAUUUUCAUGUUUUCUCGAUCACCACCUUCGUGUAUUUUUCGUCUCGCGGCAUUUUGCUUUGUUGUUCCGCGCUUUUCGUGUUUUCUCGCGGGGGAACGCUUCUGCGCGGCCGCGAGGCGCGCGCUAAUGUGUUUAACGAGCGAUUAACGAGCAAUUAACAUCUGCAGUCGCUCGUGCGGCGACGAGAACGCACGGCGGCGAGGCAGGCACGAGCGAUUGCAGAUGUUAAUUGCUCGUUAGUCGCUGCCGAGAAAAAUCCUCGCAGUUGCCGUGGAGACCGCGCCGACGGCAGAGUCGUGCGGAGAGCGGGCCGAACACGCGUCGCUCCGAUCCGGUGUGACAUGUUCCCCCGCGCGUGUGAGACGGGACCAGACACAGUGUCCAUCUGUGAUGUCAUCAGUAGCUGUGGCGUCUGCGCAUCCAUGAUGUCAUCAGUAGCUGUGGCGUCUGCAUGUUUGUGAUGUCAUCAGUAUCUGUGGUGCCUGUGAUGUCAUCAGUUUCUGUGGCGUCUGCGCAUCUGUGAUGUCAUCAGUUGCUGUGGCGUCUGUGCAUUUAUGAUGUCAUCAGUAGCUGUGGCAUCUGCGCAUCUGUGACGUCAUCAAUAACUGUGGUGUCUGCGCAUCUGUGAUGUCAUCAGUUGCUGUGGCGUCUGCGCGUCGGCCGGUUUAACCUAAUUGUCGCAUCACAAGUCUCGCGAGUUCGUUCUGCUCUGGUAUGCAAUAUUGUUUCUCCUUUGUGCAAAAAUUCCCCGCCCCCCUCUCGAAAUAAAAGCACGCUUACCACGAAA